AACCUUCCUGUGUGAUUGUCCCGGGUGAAAAGACAGACAUGUUUACAACAAGUAAUGCGAUCACCGUAGACUGCCUAGCUUUGCAGAGAGCAUGGCUUGAUUUAAACGAUAGAAAGCAAUGAGGGAGGUGAUGACGUUUAUAGAAGAAGGAGGGUGCUUAUGAAUACAGUAUCUGAGGUUGCUACUGGCGAGUGAGGACGCUGCGAUUGUCUGUGGGUUGGCAGUAAUUCCCAGGAUUCUGCCUCGUCUCUCCAUCUUUAUCAUUUUGUUCCGCCACCGAACUUGUGUGUAGUCCGGGUGUAACGAUGAUGCCCAGCCCUGGCUUGGAUCAUUACCCCCCGGAACCGUAGAUCAGGCUACCUGUUUCACUGAAGACCGUAAAGAGGGACGGCCUCACCUUCUCCUGUCACUUUUUGUCACGCCCUCACAGCAAUGCUGUCUCAACCUCGUCCCGCUGUGCCCCCCCAGCCUUGCCAGUCUGCUGGCCGCGAACAGGGUGCGGUGGAACUAAAGUCCCCUGAGCUGGGCUCCUGGAGGGAUGAUAUAAACAUGAACACCACCGCCAACACUUCUGCUUCCUCCCACCAAGGUUAUGCAAACAGUGGACCGGCCGAGUCCGUCAGGUCAAGGGCAGUCGACCAGGGCCUGGCUGCCGUAGAUCAGCAGAAGGACUGCAACUUUGCAGUACAGAACCACAAGCCCAAUAUUGUUCAUUUAGCGGCUGACCCAAGCUCGGCUCUUGACCCGAACUGCAAUGAGCCCAGCCUGCCAUGUCUGUGCUGCAACGGUUACUCGCCUCAGGACAACAACAGCACCUAUAACCUCAACUACAUAAACAACAACACCGUUGCCUUUGGGCAGCAAACCCAAAGCAGUUGCAAUGAGUUAUAUCAGGAGGGCGCACACCAAGCUCAGCAGACCCCCAAACUGACCCAGUUGCCACACAGCGCCCCCUCUGGCGAGGAGGUCGACAAAACUGAUGACGAAGACGACACACAGAACCGCAAAGAGGUUUCUCGUGAAGACUAUGCUGAUGAGGAUGACACCCUCAUUCCCUCCUGUUGGGAUUGUCCCCCUUCUCUACUGGAAUUCUCCCUCUCCUCAUUCACCUCUUCUUCGUCCACCUCCAUCAGCGGGUGCUCGGACCUUGAAUCCGACUGUCCCGACGCCAUCUCUCUCUCCUGCCAAGAUUUCCCACCUGAGCAGUCCCACCCGGCCCACUCCUUUGAUGACCGACCGCAUGCUUCUGUCCUCGAAUCAUACCGCCCUCGUGAAUCACCCCUGCCCGUAGGGUCCCCCUUGGUUUUGUCUACCCCCUCCUCCGAUUCCACAGAGGAGGAGAGGUCGCUAGAGGAUGACGACGGCCUCCUGGACCUGCAGAAACUUUCGGAAUCGGUGGACGAACUCGGGAAGGCGAUCCACCGCCAAGCUGCUCAGCUGGCCCAGUGGGAUUUGGAGGGCUACCUGGAACUCCGAGAUGAGCUUGAUCACCUGGAAGGUCUGGGGCUGAGGAGCGACCGGCAGGGGCUUGAGCAAUUCGGCUCCGUGUUCGGCGAGGCAAACCUGGGACACGACGGCUGUCCGUCAGAAGGGGAAACGUCGUCCAGACCCCUGGACUGCUCGGAUGCAGGCGCUGAGUCAUGCGCUUCCUCGGUUUUUGAUGACUGUGUCUUCCAAGACUUAUUCGUCUGCUCCCCCUUGCUGCCUCCCCCGCAGCCCACCAUGCUUCCUGUUGUGGACAGGGACGCGCCCGCGUUCACGUACAUGAACAUGAACGCCAGCACGCCGAGCCCCCCCACCACCUCCUCGACCUACUCUUCCUCACCCUCUUUUAGUAUCGCUUCCUCCUCCUCUUCCUCACCCCCCCGUGAGGCCAAAGCUCCCUCCUCCUCCCUCUCCGUCCCACCAUCUCAGCCCAUCCCCUACUUCACCUUCCACUCCUCCGCCUCCUCCCUCACCUCCCUCCCUCCUCCUGUCCCCCCACCUCGGAGGAAGCGCCAAGCCCGACUGGAGGCCCUGAAGAAGGCUUCUCUCCAGAAUGACGGCACGCCUGCUUCCCAACGCCCGCCUCUUCCUCCUCCUCCUCCUCCUCUACCCCCUGCUGCUCCUCCUGCCCGUGCCCCGCUGGAUCGCCCAGCUCCCACAUUACCGGCACCUCCUCCGCCUUCCUUUCAUGCCCUGGACGACGAGAUCAGAAAGCUGCUGAUCCUGGCCGGGGUGACCCAGGACGAGCUGCUCAAACUGGGCCCCGAGCUCGGAGUCGGGGUGAUGGAGCUGAUGGAGCCGGAGGGCGCGGAGGCGCCCGAGCCUGCGGGACCGGGAGAGGCGGAGGGAAGCGAAACCAGAGCGGGAUUCCGAGGCGUGAGGGAGGGAAGACAGAGUGUGGCUAGGAGAGAAAGGGAUGAGUGCAGAGAGAGAGAGCGGGAAGAGAGGUGGAGAGAAGCGAACGGCUCCGGAGUCAGCAGAGAGAUGACGAAGGACAGGUCGUUAGAGGGACAGAUGGGGAGGGGUGGUAGAGACACACUGAGGACAACUUCGUUUACUGAGGCGGGAAGGAAGCAGUGGGGAAAUGGCAGCAGCAGCCCCAGCUCCAGCCGUAGCCGCGGGUUUGGCUACGACGCCGGAUUUGACUCUUACUAUAGCAUCACUACGAGCUUCCGCAACAACAACAACAACAACAACCCCUCGUCAAGUGCUGCUCCCUCUUCGAGACCCUCGCCUCCCUCACCCCCGCCGCUACCCCAGCCUCCCCCCCUGCCCCCUGCGAAUCUGAGCAGUGUUCCCUCCAAGAAGCGUCGGCCGGAGCGCUUUGACUGGCUGAUCGAGUUCUCCCCCGAUACCGACGCCGCGUCCAAGCCCGGGGCCGUCGACGGACGGGGGGAAGGCGGCGCGCAGAAACUCGCGGCCGGGGCGAAAGUGACCACCUUCAAAGAGCUGCGCAGGCAGAGCAGGCAGAACCCCGCGCCCGCCGCGAUCCACAAAGAACCGGACCCGGCCGCCGUCACCCCGGACCCGGACUUCCUGUACAGCCUGAGGUGGGCGACGGAGGGCGUCGACGGCGACGACCCCCGUUGGGAGUACGGCGCCCGCGCGCGAACCUCUGUCCUCCAACCGCCUCCCGUCACCCCAUUGGCUCCCCUGAGGGAAAUGCUGCCGGCGGGCCGCGGGGGGCCAGUGCCCCACCCCUUUCCCCUCAUUGGCUGCUCCGUCUGCGAGCGCAGGCUGCAGACGGCGGCGGAAGAGAGAGAAGAAGCUGAGGCUACGAAGAGGGGAAGAGCCGACGGAGGGUUGACCCUGGACUCCGGGACAGCAGUCUGCAGCCUGUCAUUCGCUGAGUCAGUUCAAAGGGGCGGGGCCUUAGCGACUGAUGGUGUGAGGGCCCAACUUGGAGGUCAAGGGCUGUUCUCUCCGUGCAUGCAAGAAAAACGAGCUCUUCUCAGCCCGAUCAGCCUGGCAGUGGAUGCCAUUCUGGCCCAGUUCAACUCCUCUCGAACCCUGGUGCAGAAGGUGCAGUCGGGAGACAGCCGGGUGAACCCGUCUCUGGGCAGGCUGGUGCUGCAGUGCCUGUGCCCGGCUCUGAGCGGCCUGCUCGCCGACGGCCUCAGGCCCUACCAGACGGACCUCAUCACGGGCAGGAGGCCAAAUUCACCCUGGGGAUUGGUGCAGGCCUGCACGGGCCCAGGCCCCAGUACCCAGGCCAUGCACAGCCUGCAGUGCCAGGUAUCCCAGCUGCCCCAGCUCAGACAGAGCCGGCACAGGUUCAACGCCUUCCUGCUCGGCCUGCUCAACAUUAAACUCCUGGAUCACUGGGUCUUCCAUCUGCAGUCGUGUGAUGAUGUGCUGGACCCUAACUAUCACCCAACUUCCUUUAUGUGGCUCUCUCGCACUUCCUGUCAGCCUCUCUUUGAGGAGCUCCUCCUCCUGCUGCAGCCGCUGUCCCUGCUGACCUUUAACAUAGACCUGCUGUUCCAGCACCACCACUUUGACCCCGCCUCCCCCACACCCUCCGCGGCCAAUUACGGCCGGGAGAACGCCGGCCCGGCCAAUCGGGCCUGUAGCUUCAGGAUCCCGGGGUUGUCCUGCUGGAGGAGGGAUCAGUCAUGGAAUACGUCAAAGCAAGCUCCUGGGGUUUCAGAUGACCAACAGAAAACAAAGCUCACAGCCUUGGCCAAUAACAGUAACAACGGGCUGAAUGGGAGAGCCAAUGGCAGCCCAGUGUCAGCCAAUAAGGGAGAAGCAGCCAACCACAUACUGUGGAAGGAGUGGGAAAUUGCGCCCCACAGUGUUGAUAACCUCUCUCAGCAGGCUGGGCAAACUGCACAGCAGGGCUGGGGGUCAGUGGUGCAGUGGGGUAGGAAGCUGGGGCAGAGCUGGGGCAGUUAUAAUAAAGCGGAGCAGAAGGCUUCCCCUCUGCCUCCGGAUUCUUGGCUGUCUAACGCCCCGCUUGAGUAUGACUACAUUACCCAUGAGGCUCAGCGGAAUCCUGUUCCUGAAUGUAAUUCAGCGGCCCCGUGGGUUCUGGGCAUGCUGUUUGGGGCGUCCAGAGGGCAGAAAGACCCCCGCAGAUGCCCAACUUCAGCCAGGCGUCCGUCUCACUGGCUGUCCCCCGGCGUUUCAGUCCUGUCCCGCAUCGCAGCCCCCGCCCAGAACUCGGAUUCCGGAGAGCGGGAGAAAGAGAGAGAGAGGGAGAGAGCAGGAGAGAGAGAGCGCCCCACACUGGCCAGGCCUGUGCGGACCCAGCGUGACCACAGGCCGCGGGGCCAGCUCUACUGACCGCUGUGGGAGGCUUAUUCGCCGCCCCCCCUGGGAGGAGAAGGUUAGAGUUACCGAAAACUCGCCCGGCUGUUUUCCGACGACGCAAAUAUAAGCUAGCCGACUACGACGGUGCGCUGAAGAGAAACGCAUUAAUUACUCAUUUGACAUGUAAUGUGAAUUCUGUAUUCUGUAUUCUAAAUAGAACACAGUUUGAACACAGGCUGAGACCAAGCAGACUCUGUGUGACAGAGUACGAUUAAGCUCUCGUUACAGUAACAAGCACAAUCUUAGAACGACGCCACAUUACCCCCCCCCCCUCCCCUCACCUACCCUCCCGCCAAAAAAAAAAGCACACCAAAGAUGGCCGCCGCAAUGGCUCGUAAUACUCUUCCAUCACGUUGACCAGCCCAUCGAGCUACCUCUAGAGAUUCACAACCGUGCGAAGUGCAGAGGGAGGGUUUGCAGUUUCUUUUUCGGAAUAACUGAGAAUGAAGACAGACUAGGGGGUGGGGGGUUCGGG